CCAUGCACUCAGAAGUUCCAGUGAAUCAGAAUCCACUGUACAUGGAUUAAAAAACAUAGAGCUAAACGUAUCAGAGUCUCUUAUAAAUCAAUCAUCGAAUGGAGACAACGUGUAUAAUAAAUCACUCAAAAAAAGUUCCGUUUCACAAGCAACUUCAGAAUCAUCGAUAUUAUCAUAUUCCAAUUCUCAAAAGUUAACAAAAUCGGCUAAAAGUAGCAAAUUGGUUCUUAAAACAGACUUAAACCAAGAAAAAUUUGCAGAAACUCAAAAUUGCGUCAAAAAUGUUGUACACUUUACCGAUAUUCAAUCUCCCACGACGCCUCCUACACCAUUAACAGAUGAAUACAUUUUUAGACUUGUAGUUCCACUACCUAAAAGCAGAGGAACUACUCCUGUUCCAAGAGAUCCAAGCCCUGAAAUUUUUGAAUGCGUACAUGUGAAAGGUUCACAUAAAGAAACGAUAAAUCUAAUAUCAAAAGUAGAAACUGAAAUAAGUGAAGGAGUUUCGUAUAACCCGUCUUUGUCAAAUCUGCCUACAAGCCCUCCCGCCUCUUCAGUAUACACUAAGCCAGGCUUAAAUGGUGGCUCAAAACGACUACCACGAUAUAUCAAGCUAGGGCUAAGAGGCGGAUCAGACAGACCACCAAUAACAAAGAUGUUACAGAGAAGACUAUAGAUACUGACAGAAGUAUAUCUGUAGAGACAAGUCCUGCGAUAGCACCAAAGGAAAAUCUGCUUAAGGAGGAACACGUGAUUAGGUAAGUGAAACGUAUCGCUGACUUUAUUGACGCUAUAUCUAUACAUUGAAAUAAAACUGAAGUAACUGUCUGUAAUGUGAAAAUAACUGCCUUAUAAUGGAGCUGAGACGUUUACUGCCAUCUCAAAUAUUUUUAAAGUUUUUGUCUUUCUGUCAGUCCGGCCUAAUCUUCGGAAUGGCCUGAACCGAUAGUAACGAAACUUGACGUACAGAAAGAAAUCAAUUACAAAAGGGAUCCAGGCUAUAUUUUAUUAACUUAGAGAUUUUUUAUAGAAAAGAAAAACAAAGUAUUGAUAAAAUAAAUGGUGUUUGAUUAUCUUAUUUUUUUUUAUUUAUUUAUCAGAUCAAAAGAAAAGAAUACAAAUAUAGGUCUAAUUAACAUCUAAAAACCACAGAGGUUUGACUUGGUGCUAAAUAAUUAAGUUUAAGUCAGCAUUAAUAUGCUGACUUUAUUAACAUUAAUAUACUUACUUAGACUGUGUCUUGCACAUAAUUGUGCAAGACACAGUCUAAGUAAGUAGUUAGGUAUGUGAGUAGGUAGUAGUUAUAGUAAGAAUAUAAAGACUAAGAGAAAGUAAUAACACACAAUAAUAACUAGUUAAGAAAUCAUGAAGUAACUAAUAAACAUUAUUAAUACAUGUGUGUGUAUGUAUGCGUGUGUGUGUGUGUGUCUGUGUGUUCGUGUGUGUGUGUGUGUGUGUGUGUGUGUGUGCGUGCGUGCGUGCGUGGGUGCAUGCGUGCGUGCGUGCGUGAGUGCGUGCGUGCGUGCUUGCGUGGGUGCGUGAGUGCGUGCGUGCGUGCGUGUGAGUGUGCGUGCAUACGUGCGUGCGUGGGUGCGUGCGUGCAUGCGUGCGUGGGUGCGUGCGUGAAUGCGUGGGUGCGAAGGUGCGUGCGUGCGUGCGUGUGCGGGUGCGUACAUGCGUGCGUGCGUGGGUGCGUGCGUGCGUGCGUGCGUGGGUGCGUGCGUGCGUGCGUGCGUGGGUGCGUGAGUGCGUGCGUGCGUGCGUGUGAGGGUGCGUGCAUAAGUGCGUGCGUGGGUGCGUGCGUGCAUGCGUGCGUGGGUGUGUGCGUGAAUGCGUGGGUGCGAAGGUGCAUGCGUGCGUGCGUGUGCGGGUGCGUACAUGCGUGCGUGCGUGGGUGCGUGCGUGCGUGCGUGCGUGAGAGCGUGCGUGCGUGCGGUCGUGGGUGCGUGCGUGAAUGCGUGGGUGCGUGCGUGCGUGCGUGCGUGCGUGCGUGCGUGCGUGAGUGCGUGGGUGCGUGCGUGCGUGCGUGCGUGGGUGCGUGAGUGCGUGCUUGCGUGCGUGCGUGUGCGGGUGCGAGCGUGCGUGCGUGCGUGCGUACGUGCGUGCGUGCGUGGGUGCGUGCGUGCGUGCAUGCGUGCGUGCGUGCGUUCGUGAGUGCGUGUGUGCGUGCAUGUUUGCGUGCGUGCGUGCGUGCGUGCGUGCGUGCGUGCAUGCGUGCGUGCGUGCGUGAGUGCGUGCGUGGGUGCGUGCGUGAGUGCGUACGUGCGUGCGUGCGUGCGUACGUGCGUGCGUGCGUGUGUGUGUGUGUGUGUGUGUGUGUGUGUGUGUGUAAGAUUGGAGGUAGGAGUGUAUGUGCUAGUGUGUGUGGUUUCAAUGAGUUAUGUCAACAAUUAGAGGUGGAUAUCUAGGCAGUGCCAAAUAGACAAGGCACCACAAACCUGGCUUGGCUGUCCUUCAGCAACUGCGACCUUGGGUUCAGAGAUGUCUUUAAUUUUUUUUAAUUUCACAGAGUUGUAGUUACCUCGCGAUAUUUUUUUUCACCACCAAGCACGUGGUAGAUCAGCUGUUAAAAUUGCAAUUGUCAGCUCUUUUGCGGCAGCAGCCAGUCUCAACAGAGACCACAUAUACAAAAGUACAGGCGCACUUUAUAUUCCCUCACACUCAUAGUCCGAUGUGACGUCAACCCGACCCGAUUGGGGAGAGAUAGGAGAAGAUCAACGGCUUUGAGUGCUUUCGCUGCAUGGAAUAUACAACUAUCUGACUAGUUUCCGAGGAACGAGGGUCUAACAACGCUAACUUCUAAACUACAUGUUGAUACUGAGAGUUCCUUUAUAGAAAAACUCAAUAGCUUUUGGUCCAACUCGUGAAGUAAACCACGCGACCAGAAGUCUACUAAGAAGUCUACUACAAAAGUCACACUAGUAAUACAAACUUAUUUCUCUUUUCCAAAUAAAAUUAUACAGCCUCACUAGAGUUCUCUCAGCGCACAUGCUCCGAGAAGAGUUAAGCCCAGACUGUUACAAAACGAAGACCAGCCACGAAUCUCAGCAGGAAUUAGCCAACAAUGAACAUAUUGAAAAGGAGCAGGAAACAAUC